UACCAUAGAUGCACCAAGCGUGCACAAUAAAUGUAAACAUUGAAGAGUUACACUGCAUCCCAGUCACAGGCUGGUUUCUCAGAGCAGUGUGAAAGUGAGAUAAGGUUCGGAUUACUACUGGAGGACUAUAGUAUACUGUUAAAAUGUAGCUAAAGAGGCACUGUAUAACAGACGCAUACCCACUCACUGAUAACAGCAGCUGAAGACAAAACUGCUGCUGCAGUCAUUUGCUGCACAAUCACAUCUUUGUGGCUUUUGUGGAUCUUUAAGACGCUCAUGUUUUAUGGCACUGAAUCAGAUGACUAAGUUGAAGCAGACCACUGAAUUUGUUCUGAUACAGCAGGACAAAAUUUUGUUUUUAAGCUGGAGAAAGAAUGACGAUUCUUCAAUGCAUCAUGUUUUGCUGCCUCGCAGCUGCGUGUGUGGAGGCCUCAGCAGUGCUGGAAGUGAGCGGCCAUGUUGGAGGAGAGGUCACCGUACGCUGCUCUGGGAGCUGGACCACGGACAAUAGCUCUGAACACCACAACAUGUACUUCUGCAAAGAAGUCUGCUCCAGGGAAAACAUUCUCAUUCAGACUGAGAGGAGUAGGGCUGCCGUCACGCUGCGAGGGAGAUAUAGCGUGGAGGUCAACAGAGGAGACUUCAACGUGACCAUAAAGAGGCUGAAGGGGGCAGACGCAGGGAGAUAUCACUGUGGAGUGGGGAACACUUUAAAUGUGCUGUACCAGAAGAUCAAUCUCAUAGUCCUAGAAAGACACACUAUUCUCGCCACUUAUCCUCCGUCCUGUCCUCUCAAAGCUUCCACUGUUCCCCCUGGAUCUUCUCCCUCCACCACCCGCCUGCAGACCGAAGCACAAACUCAGCCUCAAGGCAGCUUUCCUUCCAGCUCUGAAUCGGCAGCAUUAACCCUGCCGGCUACAGAGGAGAAGACAAACCACAAAGCAGCAACCAAACUCUCAGAUACCACAGUGGUCAUCAUUGUUUCGGUGAGCCUGGCGCUUCUGGUUUGUGCCGUUAUACCUCUUAUAUUCUACGGACACUGCCAGAGUAGCGUGGAAGAUGAGAACAGACCUGAAGGAAGCAUGGCAGAUUACUGUGAGGAAAGUGCAGAUGUUGCCUCUACUCAGGCUGCAGUGAGGCUUCAGUCUUUUGAACCAGAUGCUGGUCAGGGGUCCAGUGCUCAGGAUGCCUCCCAGUAUGCUGCCAUCUACCAGGCACUUGAUCCCAAAAGUCUGGACUGAGCAGUUUAUUCCCUUUCUGAGCUGACAGCUAAUCUCACCAUCUCAUCUCUUUUCUGCAUGAAUGAAUAAAGGACAAAUGUUUGAAUAAAUGUCUGUUUGAGUACC